UAAAAUGCAUAGACAUAGAUUAAAUGUCAAAUAGACAGAUAAAAUGUCAAAUUGUUAAAAUGAUUUCAAGGAUAUAAUUUUGAUAGGUGUAUUACAAUUUUUUCGAUUGUGAUAAGAAAUCAACAUUUGUAGAAAAACAUGCCUACACCCCCUCAAAUAUCACCACUUGAGGAUCAGGAGCGUCAUCUUCAAGAGGCCCUGGGAGUCGUAAAAGCUCAAGCUUUUCAUAUGAAAAGAGCUCUCGAUAAGAAUAAAUUAAUGGAUGCUCUGAAAAACGCAAGUGCUAUGUUAGCAGAGCUGAGAACAUCUUUGUUAUCUCCCAAAGCAUAUUAUGAGUUAUAUAUGGCAGUUACUGAUGAGUUGAGACAUUUGGAGGUGUACCUAUUAGAGGAAUUCCAUAAAGGGAGAAAAGUAACAGAUCUCUAUGAAUUAGUGCAGUAUGCAGGAAAUAUUGUUCCUAGAUUAUACUUGUUGAUAACAGUUGGUCUUGUUUAUAUUAAAACAAACACUUCUCUUCGAAGGGAUCUUCUAAAAGAUUUAGUGGAAAUGUGUAGAGGUGUACAACAUCCUUUACGUGGGUUAUUUCUUCGCAAUUAUCUACUUCAAUGCACUAGAAAUGUCUUACCUGACUGUGCGGAAGAGGAAGGAGAUGUACUUGAGGGUACAAUCAAAGAUUCAAUCGAUUUUGUUUUGAUGAAUUUUGCUGAAAUGAAUAAACUGUGGGUACGAAUGCAACACCAGGGUCAUUCAAGAGAACGUCAGCAUCGUGAAAAAGAGAGAGAAGAACUGAGGAUAUUAGUUGGAACAAAUCUUGUUAGGCUAAGUCAGUUGGAAUUUGUUACCCUUGAGAAGUAUCAGAAACUGGUGCUACCUGGAAUUUUGGAACAGGUAGUCAGUUGUCGCGAUGCAAUAGCACAGGAAUAUCUCAUGGAAUGCAUCAUUCAAGUUUUUCCAGAUGAGUUUCAUAUUCAGACGUUAACUCCAUUCUUGAAAUCUUGCGCAGAGUUAGAAGCCGGAGUUAAUGUUAAGAAUAUUGUUAUAAGUCUGAUGGAACGCUUAGCUUCUUUCAGUCAAAGAGCAGAAGCUAUUGGAACAGAGGGUCUACCCAAGAAGCCAUUUUACGACCCAAAUACCAUUUUUAAUCCAGUUCUUUCCGCAGGUACGGCUUCAAUCUUGAAAGAAGUUAAAUUGUUCGAAGUUUUCUCAGAUCAGGUAGCGUCCAUCAUCGCAAACAGGCAGUAUCUGCCCCCUGAGGACAUGGUGUCCUUGCAGGUGGCACUCAUCAAUCUGGCCCUCAAAUGUUAUCCUGACAGGGUGGAUUAUAUCGAUAAAGUUAUGUUGAAUAGCGUAGAGAUAUUCCAAAGAUUAGGAGUUGAAAAUAUAGAAUCUCACAGUCAGGUAGCUAGGGAAUUGCAAAAAUUGCUAAAAAUACCAUUGGACCACUACAAGAAUCUUCUGGUAAUUUUAAAAUUGAAACAUUACGCAGCCCUGAUUCAACACUUGGAUUUCACUGGUCGUAAAUCCCUCAAUAUUUAUAUUUUGAAUAAUGCAUUGGAUCAUGAGACGUUCGUUCCAUCUGCCGAAGAGGUAGAACAGGCUCUGACUCUCUUGAAUACUUUGAUAUCUGACAAAAACGACACAAGCGCCUCAACUAAUUACGAUAUUGAAGAACUGGCCGAGGAACAAUGUCUCUUGGCUAGGUUUAUCCACCACUUCAAGGCUGAUUCUCCAGACGAUCAAUAUUUGAUUUUGACAACUUCAAGAAAGAUCCUGGCUACAGGAGGAGCACAAAAAAUAAAAUAUACUCUUCCCCCCUUGGUGUUUCAAGCUUACCAACUAGCGUUUCGUUACAAGAAUUCUGAUGAUGAUAAAUGGGACAAGAAAUGUCAGAAAAUCUUCCAGUAUUGCCAUCAGACGAUAAUGGCCCUGGUUAAGGCGGAGUUGGCAGAACUUCCUUUAAGAUUGUUCCUUCAGGGAGCCCUGGCAAUCGAUCAAAUAAAGUUUGACAAUCAUGAAACUGUCGCUUACGAAUUUAUGUCUCAGGCGUUUUCUCUGUACGAAGACGAGAUAUCAGACUCUAAAGCUCAACUUGCUGCAAUCACUUUGAUAGUUGGCACCCUCGAACAAAUUAGUUGCUUCUCUGAGGAGAAUUCGGAACCGUUGAGGACUCAAUGUGCAUUGGCAGCUAGUAAACUUUUGAAGAAACCUGAUCAGUGCAGAGGCGUGGCAACGUGUUCUCACUUGUUUUGGAGUGGCAAAAAUCAAAUGAAUAAUGGACAAGAAACCCAUGAUGGUAAGAGAGUCGUUGAAUGCUUGAAGAAAGGAUUGAGGAUUGCCAAACAGUGCAUGGAUGUCAGUGUACAGGUUCAGCUAUUUGUGGAGUUGCUGAAUCACUAUAUAUAUUUCUUUGAGAAAGGAAAUGACCAGGUGACCAUUUUGAUUGUGAACCAAGUCAUUUCAAAGAUAAAGGAAGAAUUGCCGAAUUUGGAAACUUCAGAUGAAACUGAUCAAAUAACCAAACAUUUCAAUAACACUUUGGAUCAUUUGAGAAUUAGGUUAGAGACAGCAGAAACUGAUGGAGUUUCCUACGAGGGAUUGGAAAUUUGAAUAUGCAAUUAUAACAAAUGGAACAUUUUAUCAACACGCAUUUUAAAAAUUUAAAAUAUAUAUUUACAAUUGUUAUUUAUCAAUAAGAAUGAAUGUAUAUACACAUUUAUAUAUAGAGAGUUGUAAUGAGUUUAUCUCAAAGUACAUAUAUAAUAUUCCAAUUUCUAAA